GUUGGUUUGCGCGUUUCGUGUCGUUGGUCCCUCGUCUCGUCCCUUACCGACCAAACGCUAAUCACGUGACCGGGCAGGGCGGCUGCUGCUGUCAAAGAGAACUAACCACACUGUUAUUGUUGGAUCCAUCUGUGUCCCUGCAGUGCAGAUGGAGACGUCAGUGGGGGGGUCGCACACCCCAUGACAUGUGGACCGAGACAGGGCUCUCCCACUUUGCAUCUCCUGUCCCUGAACGCAGCACGCCACCACCGCCAUCGUCGUCAUGGCCUCCGGUUAUCCCCCCCCCUUUGAGGGCACGGGGGAAGUGAAGGAGGGCUUCCUGUGCCCGCUGUGCCUCAAGGACCUGCAGUCCUUCUACCAGCUCCAAGACCACUAUGAAGAGGAGCACUCGGGGGACGACCGCCACGUGCGGGGGCAGCUCAAAAGUUUGGUCCAGAAGGCGAUGAAAGCCAAAGACAAGCUGCUGAAGCGGGACGGAGACGACCGACCGGACACCGGCAGCUACGAGUCCUUCUACUACGGCGGAGUGGACCCCUACAUGUGGGAGCCUCAGGAACUGGGAGCGACCAGGAGUCACCUGGACUUGUUCAAAAAACACCGGGCCGCUCGGAUAGACCACUACGUCAUCGAGGUCAACAAGCUCAUCAUCCGACUGGAGAAGCUGACAUCGUUUGACAGGGUCAACUCCGACAUCGCCAAAAUCCGAGCCAUUGAGAAGUCGGUGGUGUCCUGGGUUAACGACUCGGACGUCCCGUUCUGUCCCGACUGCGGCAACAAGUUCAACAUCCGGAACCGGCGGCACCACUGUCGCCUCUGUGGCUCCAUCAUGUGCAGGAAGUGCAUGGAGUUCGUCCCCAUUCCGCUGGCUCACAAGCUGAUCAAUGGGACCCGAGAGGUGCUGUGUGUCGCUGGGAGCCCCGUUCAGUACCCGUCCCCCCCGGCUGGGGGCGGGAUGGGCUCCAGGAGGGGCAGCAUCAGCAGCCUGAGCAGCGUGACGUCCAUGCUGGAGGAGAAGGACGACGAGAAGAUCCGCUGCUGCCGCCACUGCAUGGACACGCUGCUGAAGAGGCAGCAGAAGCUGGAGGAGAAGGACCACAUGCCGGACGUGGUGAAGCUCUACGAGCGGCUGCGGAUGUGCAUGGAGAAGGUGGACGAGAAGGCUCCAGAAUACAUCCGAAUGGCUGAGUCGCUGAACGCCGGAGAAACCACCUACAACCUCGACACCGCCGCCGGACUGAGACUGGAGGUGCAGAAAUACUACGAGCUAAUCGACGCCCUGAGCAAGAAGAUUCUGACGCUAGGAGCCAAAGACGAGCCGGCGCCGCGCCAGAAGGCCCUCCAGCUGCAGAGGAUGAUCCGUUACACGGCCACGCUGUUCGUCCAGGAGAAGCUUCUGGGUCUCAUGUCUUUACCCACCAAGCACAAAUACGAGGAACUGAAAGAAAAGAGAAAACAGGAACAGGAGAAGAGACUCCAGCAGGAGAGGCUGGUGACCCAGGAGACCCUGAAAAGGAGACAGGAGUCCGAGAAGACCCGCCCACAGCCGCCCCCCAGCACCAACGGGGAGCUGCCGAGAGCGCCGCGCGUGACCAAAGUGGGCGGGUGGCUGCCCUCCGCGGACGCCGUCCUCGCCGAGCACGAGGACCCCCUCCUGCAGCAGAUCGAGAACAUCCAGUCGUUCCUGCGGCAGGCGCGGGAGGCGCGGCGGGCGGACGAGGUGGCCCUGCUGGAGGAGAACCUGCGGCAGCUGCAGGACGAGUUCGACCAGCAGCAGACCAACCGGGCCAUCGCGCUCUCCCAGAAGCUGGCCGCCGAGGAGCGGCUGCAGCGCGGCGAGCUGGACCGCCUGGAGGCGUGGGAGAGGGAGGAGCGGCAGCAGCGGGGCCCCGCCGCGGGCAGCGCGCCGCCUCCCGUGGCGUGGGAGGGGCCUCCGGGCGGCGGCCAAGAGGACGAGGACGCGGGGGAGCUGACCCCGACAGCCGAGGGGAGUCCGCCCCCCGCGCUCAGCGGCCAGGAGGAGUCGCCACCCAGGCUGAGGAGCCUAGGGGGGCACGUGACCCCCCCUGGUGGCGAAGGGCAGAACAGCGCCUCCCUCAACCCCUUCGAUGACGACGAGGAGGAGGCCACUCCCGUCGAGGAGGAUCCGUCCAAUCCCUUCUUUGAGGACAUGAGGCGGGAGCACCGGGAGGUCGGCGCCGCGAGGAAAGAGUACAACCCGUUCAGCGAGGACGACGAGGUUGCCGCCGCAAACCCCUUCGAAGGCGGCGACGCCGAGGCGGGCAACCCCUUCCUGGAAGCCUCGGGGAACUCCCCGGGAGUCUCCAGGAACCCGUUUGACGGGGACGAGGAGGCGGGGGACCUGCCCGACGUGGACGUGAUCGAGGAGGAGCUCCUGCUGCAGCAGAUCGACAACAUCAGGGCCUACAUCUUCGACGCCAAGCUCAGCGGCCGCCUGGACGAGGUGGAGCUGCUGUCGGUGAACCUCAGGGAGCUGCAGCGCACCCUACAAGAGCAGAAGAAAAAGCACUGAACCGCGCCCCCCUGCCCCCCACCUCCACCUCUCACUUCCCCCCUGAAUACCUGCUACUUACCUCCAAGGCAAGCUCACUUUACCAGACUCGUGAGCCCUCUGGUUCCAGUUAUUCUGCUGCACCACAGAGCAACUUGCUGAGUUCCUGAGAUUGAAUACCUACUAUGGCUCAGUAGUCUGGGGGGGGUGGGGGCUCAUCUUUCUAAACCACCUCCCCCUGUACAGAGCGCUGGAGUCUUUAUCUCAGCACCAGGAGCCCAAACAGGAAGAGAGAAGAACGGACCGUCCUUGAUGCACAUUUGAAGGUCUGCAGUUGAAUGACAGAAUCUAUGAAUCCAGCACCAACAGCUGAGAUCUGAAGCUCAUGCAGCUGCUUGUGGAUCCUCCCUUCAGUUUCCACAACUUUAGUUUAUUUGAGGUAAUUAAAGCAGAAAUGAGAUCGGUCAUCUCGGCCCCUUCCUUCGCGUCACGAAUUAAAGGGAAAUAAAAGCCGCCAUUGUUGCUCCCGUGAUGUGACGCUCGCUCAUGACUACGAGGGCGCUUUUCAUCCGACUAUGAAUUAGGUUCCUGGGAGAGGGGGGGGGUUAUUCGCGCUCAUUCCUGUCUGCAUGGUCGUGCUCGAACGCUUUCAGUUACGUGAUCUUUUCUUCGUGUGUCUGGUCGUGGCCUCGUUAUCUUUUAAAAGCACUUAACCAGGUCGAACAACCCCCCCCCCCUGUUGCUGCUGAGGGACUCUUGCUUUUGCCGGCCUUUUUAAAAAUUGAACGAGAGGCCACGUUUGACUUCCAGCUUUUAUUUACUAAUCUGGACUAAUAAAACGAGUUCUGUCAGUUUUGUUUGUUCGCCAUCACUUCAACAUCUGCUGACGUACAUCGGCUUCCUAAAACUAUCGAAUAAAACACUAGAACGCACUAAAAUCAGUGUUACUGACGUUACUUUCAAUUCUUUGGGUUAAUGUAAACAUUUUUUGGUUUGUCAGAUAAAAU